UUCUAAACGGACUCAACUCACAUCAAAAAGUCAUAACAAACACCUAACCUUAACCUAACUUUAUAAAAGUUGUGUACUAUUUUAUAAAAAGAUCUCCGUUUUUUAUAUAACUCUAUUACUAGAUUAUAAAUAAUAAUGAGGGACGUAUAUAUAUCGCACUGUGAGAAAGAUUUUUUACAAAAAAUUGUUACCGGGGGUCGCCGAUUAGAUGGCAGAAAUUACAAUGAGAGUCGUAAAUUAAAUAUAUCUUUUGGUUCUGAGUAUGGAAGUUGUAUAGUUUCCUUGGGAGAAACUAAAGUAUUGUCUCAGGUGUCGUGUGAAGUUGUUCAGCCAAAACAAAUUAGGCCAAAUGAGGGAAUUUUGUUUAUAAAUGUUGAAAUAACGCCAAUUGCAGGCCAGCAGUUUGAAGCAAAUCGUCAGACAGAUCUUACUGUGUAUUUGAACAGACUUUUGGAAAAAUGUUACAAAGACUCUAAAUGCAUUGAUCUCGAGUCCUUGUGUAUUGUUGUUGAAGAAAAGGUAUGGUCGCUAAGGGUGGACUUAAAAGUACUAAAUCAUGAAGGCAACCUCAUAGAAUGUGCAAGUAUUGCUACAUUAACCUCACUGGCACAUUUCAAAAGGCCAGAUGUGACUCGCAGCGGUGACAAAGUGAUCAUACACACACUUGCAGAGAAGGACCCGAUACCAACUGUACUUUACCACUAUCCUGUGUGUCUGACAUUUGCUAUAUUCAAUGAUCUUCUAUUAUCCGACCCCGAUUUCCUAGAGGAGUCAGUAUGCAUGAGUAACAUGGAUGAGGGUGGCAACAGAGGUGGUAUCCUUGUUGUUGGCAUGAACCAAUACAAAGAGUUAUGUUUGCUAGACCUGACAGGAGCGGCUAUUGAUAACUCUAAUAUUGUGCAUAGAGCUUUGUUAGUUGCCGCUGAUCGAUGUAAGGAGCUUGUAGAUUUGGUGAAAACUACUAUUGUCGAUGAUGAUACAGCCAGACAGAAAAGAGUAAAGAAAAACUUCUCAGAUAUUAUAACAACUGAGCAUAUGCUGUCAUUGAAUAAAAAGGACUUGAGCAUUCGUCUUAAAAACUAUAGUGUUGAAGACAUUCAGAGACCAUGCGAUGAGGAAAUGGAGGAAGGUGAUGUAAAACCAGAACCAAGCAAAUAUGAUGUAGUAUCUUCAUUACCUGAGACAGCUGAAAUUGUUGCUGAAGUUGUGGGGACAGCAUGGAUAGAAAUAUCAUCAGGAGAGGAAGAUUAAACACAUUUGUUUGUUAAAUAAAAUGUAAUAAUAAUUA